AUGGGUCGCGCCCUCAAACAUCACGAAUCGAAGCUUCUUCGCAAAGUCGACUUUAUCACAUACAAGCAGGAUAACGACCAUCGCGAUGCGAACAUUCGAAGGCGGUACAUGAUCCAGAAACCAGAGGACUACCACAAGUACAACAGGAUAUGUGGAUCUAUCCGCCAGCUCGCACACCGUCUGUCACUUCUGCCCCCGGAAAGCGCGGUCCGUCAGAAGCACGAAAAGCUUCUCCUCGACAAACUGUACGACAUGGGUAUUCUCUCCACAACAAGCAAGCUCUCCGCGGUGGAGAACGGCGCAACAGUCUCCGCCCUCGCCAGGCGGCGCAUCCCCGUCGUGAUGACGAGGCUACACAUGGCACCCACGGUCCAAGCUGCCACAAAGCUUAUCGAGCAGGGCCACGUUAGAGUCGGCACCGAGACAAUCACAGACCCGGCUUUCUUCGUGACGAGAAACAUGGAGGAUCUGGUCACAUGGACCGCAGGCAGCAAGAUUAAGAGGAACAUCAUGAAGUACAGGGACAAGCUGGAUGAUUUUGAGCUGCUAUAA